AUGUUACAGCCCGAUUCCUGUGCGUGUGGGAUGAACAAUUUACAAUUGUUCCAAGUCCAUCCCACCAAUAUUGCUUUAGAAGAGUCGAAAUGGGAAGAAUAUUACCCUAUUUCCAGUACUUUAGAUUCCGACACGGCUCCCAUCGAAUUUGAAAUCAAAGGACAAGGAGACCAGUAUCUGGAUUUAUCUCAAACUUAUCUUCAAAUGGUCUGUCAAUUUACUCAAAAUGAUGGAAGUGCUCUGGCUGGAGAUCCGGCUAAAAUAGCUCCGGUGAAUACUAUCUUACAUUCCAUGUUUUCGGAAAUCGAUCUCAGUCUGAAUGGCAAAAUAGUGACUCAGGGGACGGAUACUUAUCCUUACAAAGCGUAUCUGGAGAAAUUACUCUCUUACAAACCCCGCACUUUAAUGACUCAGAUGAAAGCCUGUAGUCUAUGGGAAAAAGAUACGGCAGGACAUAUGGACGAAGUGGGAUUAGACCCUCUGGGGGUCUCCGGCCAGGCUGCUAGUAGGAGUUUUGGUGUAGCUCAUGAUACUGUGGUCAUUAGCAAACCCAUCCUCACAGAGUACCCGGACGAUUCUAAAAACGAAGGAUUCAGAAAACGUCACCAAGCUAUCGAUGGGAGUAAGAAAAUCACCUUGCUGGAUCGUUUACAUCUGGAUUUGUUUCAACAAGAUCGAUUUCUGCCUAAUGGAGUGGACGUCCGUUUGCGAUUUAAUCGAGCUAGACCUGCUUUCUACAUGAUGACCAAUCAAGCCAAUACGGGAAAAAUCUAG